AUGUCUGGCUUAGAGGUUCUGGGGGCCAUCACGGGUGUGUUGGGCGUGUUGCCUGUUGCUGUGGACACACUUAAAACUUAUAAGAACAUCAUAUCGUCGAUACGGAACGCGGCGCGCGAUCUGGCAAGCUUGAUCCGUGAUCUAGAGACUGAACAGGUCCGCUUGCAGACAACUUGUGAAGUGCUCCUCGAAGGGAUCGCGCCAUUCUCCAUGAUAGACGACAUGACUAAAGACCCUUUUGGUGCCACUUGGGAGAAGUACAGCCACCUGUUGCGCCUACGGCUUUGGGAAUCAGAGAGGGAAUUUAAAAACUAUACUCUAGACAUGCGCGACGCAGCCAUGGAACUGAGGGAAAAGCUGUGUAUAUAUGGUGACGGUAGUUCCAGACCGAAAGAUAAGAUCUCUAUCAUCAGAGAACUCAAGAAGGGAGCAUCAUUCACGUUGAAUAAGAAAGAUUAUAUCGAUAUUGUAUCGCGGAUCAAGAGGGGCAACCUGGCCUUAUCUGAACUUGCCAGUAAAAGCCGGGGACUUGAGCCAACCAGGCAAAAACGAUCCCAGACUCGACUGAUUAGACUCAUUCGAGGGCUUUCCAACGGUAUUUUUAACGCUAUUCGCAACGCUACAACCUGUGCCUGCGUUGCGCCACAUCGAGUGUGUCUUGAACUUGCGCCAAGGGAUGCAAUUCUGAUUCCCAGCGACGUUGAUGAUGUCGUUGCGCAAAGCCUCAAGUUUCACGUUGCCUUCGGCUCUGAUAUUAGUAUUGGGAACAAAGACACAGAAGAAGCCUACAAUCUUAUAAAAGGGCAAUUGAUGAAUCGUUGGAAUAACAUCUACUUCCGAUUAGGAAGUUUUGAGUGUAACAAAACACCGACUCUCUCUCCUUCGCCAAGCACCAUUACAGCAAGCACCAUUGCAGUGCCCCCAACACCACCAAAGUCGCCAAGGGAGCUAUUAGAAGGGAAGCAGUCAAAGGUUGCUCGAUUCGACUAUCCGGAGAAACUCAAGGUAGCACACGCAAUCGCAGUCAAUACUCUCCAUCUCUACAGCACUCAGUGGGUUGAAGAAAGCCUGACUCUCGACAAUGUCAUCUUCUUCUUGCCCAACAACCGCGACGAUGCCGAUAUUGUAUCCUUGGCUCGCCCAUUCGUGGUCAGGAAUCUCCUGACUCCGUUCAACAAGCAAACCACUUUUUCAAACACAUCGCGGCCAGUCAACCUGGCAGUUUUCUCUCUUGGAGCUCUACUCGUCCAAGUGAUGAUUGGGAGGGUGGAAAGCGCUCUAGAAAUGGCGGGGGUGAUGGACGUCCGUACGGUUCUCUCAAAGCGAGAUGCUGGGAAGCGACUGUUUGACCAACUGCUGGAGAGCGGGGGUGCCAACUAUAAAUCGGCCGUAGAAUGGUGUUUUGACAGCGUGCUUCACGUGGCUGGCUUGCAGAAUGAUAAGUGCUGCCAACAGUUUUUCCAGGAGGUGGUGUCGAGACUUGAAGAAGACGUUCAACUUCUUUCUGAGUAUUAA